UCUUAACAUCGUCGGACAAUAUGUCGUCUCUCAGGUGACAGCUGUAUUUUGAAGGGAUGUGUGAAGCAGCAGAGAAGGACCUGUAUGCUGUCCUGGGAGCCAGCUCCUCAGAUUCAGUCCAGCAGCUCAAACACAGAUACCAGCAGCUGGCCUUACAGUACCACCCAGACCGUCUUGGAGGUGAAGGUUCUUCAGAGGUAGAGUCUGCUGUGAAGAAGUUUCUAGAAGUUGAUGCAGCCUGGAGGAUCCUGAGUGACGAGAACACCAGGAGACAGUAUGACCUUCAGCGGAGAGCACAGGAACUGAAACAGGAUUGGCCAGUGGAUUCUACAGUCUAUCUGGAGGACAUGACCUGGGACCAGGAUGAGUGUGUGCAUACGUACAGCUGUCGCUGUGGAGGAGGCUUCAGUGUGUCAGAGGAGGAGGUGGAGGAGGAGACACAGAGGAGGCAGCGGGGUGAUGAAGAGGAGGAAACAGAGGAUGAAGAGCACAGAGGAGUGGUUGUUUGCUGUGAUACAUGUUCCCUCAGCGUGUACGUUACAUGGUCAUUACAUAGACAGACUGAACUGCUGAAAUGCCAACAGUAAUACUUGUUUGGAAACCUUUCACCUUUGAAAGACUGCUAAGUAAUUGGGUCGACGUUUCCCUUCUUUGAAGAGGGCACCCAGUCAGAGUGCGCUGUUGGUCGGCAGAAGCGGACAGCGUGAGAGUAAGUAAGUGAGUUUGUUUGCAGUGUACAGCACAUUGGUAGCAGAUGUCACAGAGUGCUUGACAAUAAAAGACAGAAAAGCAAGAGACAUGAAAUGCAGACAUCAAGCUAAAAACAUCAAAGAAUAAGAUUAAGGAUGAAGCUAAAACUAAAUAAAAGCAAGACCAAGCAAACAGGUCUGUCCACAGUGUCCACACAUCUGAAGUCCAGUGGGAGAGCGGUUAGGAGCCAAAACCUCAAGAACUUGGCUCCUUUUGUCUUUGUUGAGCCUGGAGUGAGGAACCACCAACAAACCCUGAUCAGAGGAGCUCUGAUUGCUCCAGGUGAUGUAAUGUAGGAAGGUGCCAGCAAUGCUCUGAAAGCGAUCACAAUAAUCUGCAGCUGGUUUCUGAAUUUGAAGGGACGCCGGAGUAAAGAAAUCAAAAUUGGUGUUACAUCAGACCUCCUGGAGCAGCAUUUUGGACCAGUUGCCAGCGGUCUUGCUAAGGCAGGUGAAAAUGAGCCUGGAUUAACUGAAUUCAACAUAGUUUAGUUCAUUCUCAGUCAGCUAAUUUAUUCAUGUGAUUGGCUGGGUGGUCUUAUGGUCCUGUAAGUAGAAUUAUACAAUUGGGUCAUCGUAUAGUAAAGUGAAUUUGAAUAGGUCUUUCCAUGAAGUGUAUUGACAUUUUUUGUGUAAUUUUAUUUUGAUAUAUAGUCCAGAAAUUGUGUCUAUUGGUGCCUUCAGGAAAAUAGUAAUUCAUAACUGAAAAAUGCGUUCAUAUUUGUUCUGUUCAUGCAGUUUAUGAAAAACUGAAAAAAACUCUAAAUGAAGAGGAGCUCAUAGUAGCCAAAAAUAUGUCUUUAGUGUCUCUUUAUUGUCCGAAAUGUCUACCCAGAAUGGAUAAGUUCAUAUGUGACGAUUAUUCCUCAUUUAUCAGUUUUCUGCAAAUCUUUUGUUCCGAGUUUCCUUCAUAAUGUUUAACCACCGGGACUCUUCAUGAAGUUGCAGCAAAGCUUCAAAUAAGGCUUAGCAAACACAAACAAUACGCACAGAAUUAGUACUUUUACUUUUGAUACUUAAAGUACAUUUUGCUGAUAAUACCUUAAAUUAGGUAUAAAA